AUGGAGCCGCGCAUACCCGACCGGAUACUCGUCUCGACGCCCGAUGGCCUGAUUACGACCGAGCCCAACUCCGACGAAGAAAGUCAGCCAGGUGCGCAGUCGACCGAACAAGUAGCAUGUUGGAUGGAAGAACAGGCGGCCCUUGUUUCUGCGGCCACCUCAACGUCGAGUAUCCGUCCCCCCUAUUCAAGUAUUCAGCAAUCUGCUCCGACCUUCGACGAGAAACGAGAGUCUUUCCAUCUUCUGGAUUCGAACAUGGGGCUGGCUGUGACGAACCGUCGCAAAUCCACCUUCGUCAGCCUCGACAGCCACACCCCGAUGAUGUCGCGGAAACGGUCGAUGCGGUCCUGUAUGAGUGAGCUGGAAGCAUUGGCCGCCCAACGACGACGUCAGGUCCCCACCAUCCCCAAACACACACGGUCGGCACGGAUCGACUUGAUGGCAGGUGAGAUUGCAGUACGGCCGGAUGCUUUUGAUACUUUGGGGGAAAUAUAG